CCUCAAUUCCCACAAAAACCUAUCUCUGUGCCAAAGUGUUAGAUUCAUUUUUACCGAUCAUAAAAAAAAGAAUAUAGCGUAGCAUGGAUUGGAAUGGUAAUAUUAAAAUGCCUUACGUUUCUCGACCUGUAGACACCUCCAAUUUCAGCUCUCUCUACAACUGCAGUUUCGAUCACUUCCCAGUAGGUCUAGAAAUGAAGCAGCAGACAAUGCUGCCGAUGAUAAUGAACAAGAACAUGAACAUGAACAUGAACAAUUUGGGGGUGGAUCCGAAGAAGAAGCGUUUGAGCAACGAGCAGCUGGAGCUGCUGGAAAACAGCUUCCACGAGGAGAUAAAGCUGGAACCGGACCGGAAAAUGAAGCUGGCCAAGGAGCUAGGGCUGCAGCCGCGCCAGAUUGCCAUCUGGUUCCAGAACCGGAGGGCUCGCUGGAAGGGCAAGCGCCUCGAGCACUUGUACGACGCGCUUAAGCAGGAGUACGAUGCUGUCGCUAGGGACAAACACAAGCUGCAACAGGAGGUUAUAGCUCUGAGAGCAAUCCUCAAGGACCAAGUAGCAAAAAAGCUAGUCUUAUCAACCGGCUACACCGAUAUUUCUGGUGAGGAAACUGUUGAAAGCACAUCCAUUCCAAGCUCCGACAACCACCCUCCCGCGGCGGCAGCGCCGGUGGCGGGCCUUCACCAGAUUGAGGAAUGCAACUACACAUUGAACAUGGCCGACUACAAUAAUACAAUGGCAGCUACACCUCCCUAUUGGGCUACUUCCAUGCCUUCUUGCCCUUGAAUUGGUUCAAUUAUGGAGCUGCUAUUGCUUAAUAGUUGUUGUCUUGAAUUUUUUUUUUUUUUUUGGAGAGGACUUAAUUAGUUGUUGUUUGUAUAUGUUUCUGCUUUCAAACUCAUGUGAUGGCGUUAUGCUAGUGCUAAAAAUUGUAGCUAGCUAGGUCUACGUUAGAUGGUUUUAGGGUGAUGUUCAGCUCCACUGGCAUAGUUAAUUAGUUGUCGAGUGGUUGAGAGUUUCGACCGAUUAGGCUGUUACUUCAUAAAUGAAAACUAAUGAC